GAUGAAUGGGAGGGACUGUAUGCCCCCUCCCUCGGGAGACUAUCCUUUCACUGCUUUAGGCCGUUUUGGAAUUCUUUCUUUAGAAGAGAUAUUUUUUAAAAUCAAACAAAGCAGCUGCUGUUCCUGUGAGUGGCACACCACAAACAAGGAGCCGAGGACAGGGACGGUCGGCAAGGCUGGGCUGGUGAAAAUGCAGUCCGGUUGCUGGAGUGUCUGAAGAUGCGCUUUUCCCCGGUCUGAGAUCCGCUCACACUUUGAAUGAACCCAUCCAUCUUUACAGGCUUUUCCUACCGGAACGGGAGUUUCGCGGGCGAGCGCUUUUUCUCUAGACCCUCUCGGAAGGACAUAGCCACCGGAGAGACGACGGUAACUGGGAGACUUUGCGGGUCUGCGGGGUGGUCGGGCAGGUUGCGAGCGGCUGCUGGGAGGGCGUGACGGGCGAAGGCUGGAGGUUCGCGCCGGCUGCCCGCAUCCAGAUGUGCAAGCCAGCCGCCGCCAGGGAGGCUUCGCCGAGCAGCCCCGGCCUAAACGCCUUGCAGGAGGUUUGUCCCUGCCUGCGCGCCGUGCCCUGAGCUCUUAAGCAGGGAAAGCGCGCGGACAUGGGCGAGACCAUGUCAAAGAGACUCAAGUUGCACCUCGGAGAGGCGGAGAUGGAGGAGCGGGCGUUCCCCAAUCCCUUCCCGGACUAUGAGGCCGCCGCCUCCGCCGCGGGGCUCGCCGCUGGAGCUGCGGAGGAAACGGGCCGUGCUUGCCCUCUCCCCACCACAGACGACCCGGGCCUGCCUUUCCACCCCAACGGGAAGAUUGUUUCUAACUUCAUAAAGCGUAUCCAGACCAAAAUCAAAGAUCUUCUACAGCAAAUGGAGGAGGGACUGAAGACAGCGGACCCUCAUGAUUGCUCUGCAUAUACUGGUUGGACAGGCAUAGCACUUCUCUACCUGCAGCUGUACCGGGUCACUGGCGACCAGACCUACCUGCUGCGGUCCCUGGAUUACGUGAAGAGAACACUCCGGAAUCUGAGUGGUCGCAGACUCACCUUCCUGUGUGGAGAUGCCGGGCCCCUUGCCGUGGGAGCUGUGAUCUACCACAGACUCAAAAGUGAAUGUGAGUCCCAGGAAUGCAUCACAAAACUUCUACAGAUGCACAGAACCGUUGUCUGUCAAGAAUCAGAGCUUCCUGAUGAGCUGCUGUAUGGACGGGCAGGUUACCUAUAUGCCUUACUGUACCUGAACACAGAGAUUGGCCCAGGCACUGUUGGUGAGACAGCUAUUAAAGAGGUAGUCACUGCUAUUAUUGAGUCAGGAAAGACGUUGUCAAGGGAAGAAAGGAAAACUGAGCGCUGCCCCCUGCUGUAUCAGUGGCAUAGAAAGCAGUAUAUUGGAGCAGCCCAUGGCAUGGCUGGAAUCUACUACAUGCUAAUGCAGCCAGAAGCAAAAGUGGACCAAGAAACCUUAACAGAAAUGGUGAAACCUAGUAUUGAUUAUGUGCGCCACAAAAAAUUCCGAUCUGGAAAUUACCCGUCCUCAUUAAGCAAUGAGACAGACCGAUUGGUCCACUGGUGCCAUGGUGCCCCAGGAGUCAUCCACAUGCUCCUGCAGGCCUAUCAGGUUUUUAAAGAGGAAAAAUACUUGAAAGAGGCCAUGGAGUGCAGCGAUGUGAUUUGGCAGCGAGGUCUGCUCCGGAAAGGCUAUGGAAUCUGCCAUGGAACCUCUGGAAAUGGUUAUUCCUUUUUGUCCCUUUACCACCUUACGCAGGAUAAGAAGUACCUCUAUCGAGCCUGCAAGUUUGCAGAGUGGUGCCUCGAUUAUGGAGCACAUGGGUGUCGCAUUCCUGACAGACCGUAUUCCCUCUUUGAAGGUAUGGCUGGUGCUGUUCACUUUCUCUCUGACAUCUUGGUACCAGAGACGUCACGGUUUCCAGCAUUUGAACUUGGCUUUUUGCAGAAGGAUUAAAAUGGUGCAAAAAGACAACUAACAUACCAUUGGACCAAAAUCCACCGGACUGAUUAGUGCCUGACACAGAACCUAAUGUAAAGAAAAAAGGGGGGGGGGGCAAAACCCUCACAGCCCCUUUUGUUGUGGAAACCCCCAAACUAGAGCAUGAGUGAUGGAAACCACACGUCAGCACUUUGUGACAGCGUUCCCCUUCAUGGUGAAAUACGAAUUCUCCCUCUCUAGGCUCCCUGUAGUGUGCAUGUUUCUUGGUGCUUGUCUAUAGGUGUAAAUUGACUAGAUAGAAGAGUCACACUCAUCACCUGACCUCUUAGCUGAGCAUGUGGGAGUGUCUAAGGCGACAGCCACACCUUUUUGUACAUAGUAUCUAAAGUAGGGUGUCAUCUCUAUCAACAAAGAAACAGUUGUGUGACGUGUCUGAAACAUCAGCUAGCAGAUCUAGAUACCUUGUGAGGAAAGUGUAUUAGCCUUUUCCAUGGGCAGCUUUCAGAAGAGCGGGAGAGAAAGGCAGAAGGAAAGUGGGCAACUCGGCAUGCACUGUACAGCUCGAGAAGGCGCAGGGGACACCACUUCCCUCUUUGUGUCUUAUGGUCAACACAAUUAGUGACUAAUUAUUAGCAGUCCUCAGACAGUCACCCAGAUCAAAACAGCCGCCACCUGUUAUCAGUACAGCUUAUCCCUGAAAAACAGAGUAGAGAAUGCCAGCCAGAUCCAUCUAUAGCCCUUCAAAAGUUUAUUUCUUAUGUUGGUAACUUAUUAAGGUAUGAAUUUAAUACAUCCUUUAUUUUUCAUACAAAUUGAGGGGAUAAAUUCUAGGCUGAAUUUAUACACACAAGGAACAAACAUUCUAACCAAGACAAUUAUUACCUGGGUAAUUUUUUUUUUAGUUUUUUUUUUUUUUUUUUGAGACAGGGUUUCUCUGUGGUUUUGGAGCCUGUCCCGGAACUAGCUCUUGUAGACCAGGCUGGUCUCCAACUCACAGAGAUCCACCUGCCUCUGCCUCCCGAGUGCUGGGAUUAAAGGCGUGUGCCACCACCGCCUGGCUUCUGGGUGAUUUUUAAAUUAUUUUUAAGGACAUCUUGUUGGAUUCACAUACGGUUAAUAAUCCUGUCACAUAAAUUUCAGAGUUUGGUUGUUGUUCGUGAUACAAGUGGGCAGGAUUGUGUAAUAGUCUGGACCUCAGUACUUCCUAAAUACUUGCCCUAGUUACUACUCCUUUUAUAAAGUAGGAAGAAUUGUGAGUCUUCAAGAAAAGGCCUCUUCAUGAGUGGACCAUUUUGAGUGCUGAACGUUGUUUGUGGGACUGGUACCCUAAACAUCUGGCCUUCAGUUUCCAGGUGAUGCCUCCUAAAUCUCUUCAUUCUAAGUCGUGACUAUUCUGGUUCACCUUGGGUUGAUUAGUUCCAUGUAUGUAAAUCCCCAUGAUUAUCCUCUAAUCUCUGUGAGCCCGAUAAUGGGCUUCACAGGGCCGCCCAGCACCUUCUUACCUAAAGGUAGGGCAAACCAUCCCAGACAGGCUGAGGGGAAGUCGUUCUGCAGAACUAGACAGGUGCUGUCUAGUCUCAUCCGAACCAUACAGUUUUCAUCCUCUUACCCAUUUCAACACAAAUAAUACACAGCAGAGCUAAUCUCUGAGAUCCGGAUUGUGUAAUUCAUGAAGGAAGCCCCUGGGGCUGUGUAGUAAGCCCUUUUCUGAACCAAGGUGGCAGUUUACAGGGCUCUGGCUUUGACCAAGGGCCCUCAAGGCAACAGUAGCAUUGGUGACUCUCCCCUUUAUGUUUACUCAUAACUGGUUGACAAAUAACUAGUAUCUUCCUGGCCAACCUGCCGAGGGAAAAAUCAAAUACCCCCAGGAUGAAUGGGGGGUUUUGUUUGUUCCCACUCACCACUGGUAUCUACAGUCGUGCAUCUCCGUCGCUGUCACCGAUUCCUUCCUCACACCCUUAUGCUGCUGUCCUACAAAAGCUGCAGCCCCCGUCCCAUAAGGCCAAGGAGGGAUGGCAUGCAAACCAGGACUGAGGGCUCAAAUAUGACCAUUUGAUAGUUAUAAAUGUAUGAAAUCUAAUUUAAGAACAUCUCACUUUUGUUUCUUAGGCUUGUUUUAUGUCAACAACUGUAUUCUAAAUGUGUUGAAAAAUUUAAAAUAUGUACACACAGAAUACCAUUUUGAACUCUGGAGGGAAAAAGGUAAUGUCCACAAAAAGUGUUUGGGGUUCUUUGGUUUUGUUAAUAAAAGACAGUUUUGUGGUGAGGA